UUAUUUUUUUGGUUACUAGUCGAAAAAACUUAUGGCCUCAGAAGCGAACAGCUUUACUUUUUCUUUCCUCUCGUACAAAUCUUUUAACCCCCUCUAAGCAUUUUUUAAAGUUCUGCCAGAUGAACAGAUCCCUCUUUCUCCCGUCUAGGCCUAUUUAUUUUUUUACUAUUUGAUUAAUUGUUGCAGAAAUAAAUAAAGAUUUUAAGCAACAGGGGAAGCAAAAGACAAAGGAUAAGGAAAAAGACUAAAAACCGAUAGCCCUUCCGAGAGGAUGUUAAGGGGGAACAUUGAGAGGAGUGGAAAUGUUUUUUUGUUUUUAAUGACAAGUUCGGAUAGGCCAACCAAACUACAUAGUUUUUAAAAUAAUUCUUUCAUUAUUGUGCUUUAUUUUUUAUUUUUUAUUGAGAAAUAUCCGAGAAAUGUUCAAAAUUCUAAUUAUAACCUGUUUAAUAAUCAAAACCCAUUCAUGGACUUGGAAUGAUUAUCCAUCCCCUAGAGGACAAAAUUAUUCUGAGUGUGGAGUUACCAAACCAACUUAUCUUUGUGACCCUGAUGGGAUGUUAACUGAACAACAGAGAGAAGAAAUUGUUCACAUGGUUGAGGAUUUUAAGGAAAAAACUAAAAGACCAAAUUCAAAGAUUCCUUGUAUGAGAGAAGGACUUAGACUUGUUGUGGCUUUAGCAAAAGAUAAAAUUGGCCGUGAAGAUGGUUGGAAUGGAACAACUAAGUUGUGCUUUAAUGAUAGAAAAUGGACGCCAAUUCAUACAACAGACUGUGAUUCAGUUGUACAGGGAAUCGAAUUAAAUUCAGAUGGUUUUCGCGUUUGCCAUUCGUUACGUUGGUUAAUGACCCUCAAUUAUAAUGAAUUUGAAAAGCUUGGCUAUGCAGAUGAAAUCCUUCUCAAGAAUAAAAACUAUUUUGAUGCCCUAAAAAUUAUAUUGAAAACGUGCAAAUGCUUUACAUUCACCGCUUCUCAAUUUUCGAUAACCCUGCUGUUCUUAAUGAAGAGAAAGCUUCUCUACAACCUUCUAAAAAAUUGUAAGUUUAAUAUUUUGAAGGCAAAUGAGAUAAAAAAAUUUUUGGAAGGUAAAGUGUUUUUAAGUUAGCAUAAUAUAGUUGAAGAAAUGAGAGAUAGUUCAAGCUACCGUAAUCUACCGUAUUCAAUCAACCUAUCCCUGAACAAGGUAUCCCUCACAUAAUAACCCUCCUGAUCCCCAAAAAUCUCCUGAUAACCUUCAUAAUCCCCCAAACCCCAGUGAAUCCCCAAAUCCACAAUAUACCUUUACUCUCUCUAAAUCUCUCGAUAUACAACUUAAUCCACUAUUAU